AUGAUGGUAAUCACAACAGAAGAAAUACUAAUCCGCGCACCACCAUACAUCCAACCAUCACUAUGCCGCGUGAGUGACAUCCACGCUCGGAUAGAGCACAGCUUGACUGCACCACCACCACAAACCACGAUCAACAUUAGCGACGUUGUGCUCGACGUGGAGAACUUAGCUGAUUGGACCCACGACGAGGUGGUGGACUCAAAUGAGGCUAGCGAAUACAUCGAGUUUCAGAGGUUGCACAAGUUGAAGUUCUUGAAAGAAGUACGUGAUCGCGGCUUGGUUUUGACUCUGGAUCGUAAUGACGAGGGUGGUGGUGCGAGGAGUAAUUUGGCGCACACGUUUAUGAAUUACUGA